AUGUUUCCUGUAGUAAUCUUGUUGGUCUCCAUGCUGGUCGUGGUGGACUCCCUGCCCAGACCAUUGGAAGUAGGAGGCCUCAUCAAUCCUAACUUGCCACCUGAUGCCUACUUGCCAAUGAUGAACGACUCAGGGAUGAACUCUGUUAUAAUCAUCAACCCGUCUUCAGUGAACGUGUCAAACGAAACCUUGCCUCAAUCAUCCAUGAAUCCACGAACAAUCAUGAUGAUGAUGACGUCUGCUACAUCCAUGAAUUUAGCUAUGAUGGCAAUGACACUACCCAUGUCAACUGCAAAUCCAUCUAUGCCUAUUAUGACAAUGCCCAUGGCCACCAUGAAGCCAGCAACGUUGACAAUGAGGUCAACUGUUGCUACCACUACCAUGAAUGCUAUGAUGGCCCAAAGACCAGCUACCUUGAAUCCAACCGUAUCGAUCAAGAAGAAAAAGAUAGCAACGAAACAGACAAUGGCCUCUCCAACUCCUGCCACACUGGUCUCCCCCGUCAUCAUCAAUAAGACCAUCGUCACAACCAUGACUGGAAGCAACUGUAACUGUUCUGUAGCUGGGUCAACUGUAUGGUCGGGGUCAAACGACAACGUCAUAAGUCAUAGCAGCGCCACAUCAUUUACUGACUUUGAUACAUUCAUGGCCGGUAUGAUGGGAUCGUGUGGCUCUUCAUCUGGAUUUGAUGCCUUUGAUGAUUCAUCGUUAUAUGGUGAUUCGUCAUCUUGUAAUCCUGAAUCAUCAUCACCAUCGAGCUCUAGCAAUGCAGCCACCAGUGAUGCAUACUCUUCAAAUAACAACUUGUAUGAUCGCGGUUAUGAUAGCUCCUCAUCAGACUCGGUAUUGAGCAUCGUAUCCAUUCGCAUGCUCACCAUCUCGUCAUGUUUCAGAAAGAUCUGGCAAGCAAAUGGAAACAUAUUCACAGCUGCUGUUGUCCAACUAUUCAUUGGUCGCCAAAUCACCACUAUUGUUAUAGCUAAGACUGCGGCCAUCUUAAAACCUGGCACGUUUGAGACUGAAACUGUCAUUGUGGUCAUUGAAACGACAUCUCUCCUUGCCUGGAAGUCCAAAUGGCAACAAUCUUUACCAAAAAGGGCCGGAAACCACUUUGUGCCCUAUACUUUACUGGGAGAUGAAUCAGACUACAUAGCCCAAUUGAAGAAGACAGAAGGUACAAAACCUUCCGUUCGCUCCGCCAACCCGACUGCGACAGAACCUAUCAAGGAACCCAUCAAGAAAAGAGUCAGCAUCUCUGGAGAUUUGGUGAACAACAAUGCAGUAGCCAAACCAAUCGUACAAGAGAAAGAAAAGGAGGAAAAUGUGGAAUACAGAUCGCGAGAGCAACGAGCAUUGAGGAAUUGGCAGAGACAUAGUGUUGGAUGGGAACAGGUCGAACAAUCACUUUCAAAACAUACUGGAAAGAACACUUCGGAAUUGCUCAUGUCUCGUCUUGGAGAGUAUCGAUUACAUGUUGAAGAACGAGAAUUGGCUGAAGGAAUGAGCGAUACUCCUGGACGUGACCCGUUUUUCUGGGUCACUGGAAUACGUAUUGGAACUGAUUUGCUGGGUAUCACUCUGCCAAUGCCUAGAGGUGGCGCCAGAGAGUUGCGACGUAAAAAUCAUGAACAUGUUAUCAUGCAUGAACCAGGAAGACAUUCGUUUUUACACGGAGAGUAUAUGAGGCAGAAACGGGCCCAAAUGAGAGGGCUUCCUAAUGGAGGAAACGACGACUCAGACUUCAUGGAAGUCGUUGGACACGAUGGACGACACAAGACCGUCAUUCAAGACAAUUUUGAUGGAAAGCCAAAUGUCCGUUUUGAAGGAGACGCACCGGCUCCAGCAGCAGAAUCAGAUUCCUUCAGAGACGCCGAUCAACCAGCCCGAGCUCCUCAUUUGGCUUUAGCUAGUAGAAGACUGAGCUUUGAAGCUCAGCCUGGUGAAGUUGCUCCAUCCGUCUUGACGGUUUACAAUCAAGGGACCUACGCAGUCUCUUUCAAAUGGGAAUGUAUUGGUGGUCUGAGUGACUUGCCUGUUGACGCUUCGAGAGAGGGGACGCAACGUUUCUACAUGUCACAUCGAAAAGGUGUGAUACCACCAAUUGCUGCUUUUGAUUUCAGGAUCUCGUUCAAGUCUGAUGUUCCUGGGAUGUUUUCAGAGCGCUGGAAACUUGUUACAGAGCCGCCAAUGGAAGAGUGGACUGAUCGUGUGGUCCUAUUGCGGGCAAGCAAAAAACUGCCAUCAGGAAGUUUUGGUGCCGCCAUUGAAGAGGACAAGUACAAGAAUAGAAGAGAAGAGCUGGAUCACAUGAUGGAACGUCGAGUAGCAACAUCUUUGGCUGUUGAAGCAUUAGAUUGUGUCUUGAACCGCGUGUGGGAGAUGAUUGCUGCCAAUGAGUUUGCACGUCAUGUUCGUGGAAACCACUCUGCUACUGAACGUGCAUUCUUGCACCAUAAUCAAGCACUCAAUGCAAAGACGUUGGCUCUAUUGUCACGAUCUACCGAGAUUUGGAACAAGAAUGUGAUGAACCUGCAUGAAUUGGUUGAAACUAUUCCAGAUUCAGCGGAUAGAUCCAAGAAGCUCCAAGAGCUGAAUGAGUUUGUGAACGUGUUGCAACGUGCUCUACCGACUAAUUCGCAGUCUGUGAUGCAUGUCAUUGGAACGGAUGUCAUUUCUCAGAUCGCGGAGAGCAUUCCUGGUAUUUCGAUGACACUACGUAAAUCUAUGGGAUUGCCGCUUGAGCGGUCUGCUACAACCAAGUUUUCGAUUCCGGAUGCCGAUGAUGCUAUGACGGGAGAAGGGUCGCAAGGUACCGGAGCCGGCGGCGCUGACCUUCCAAAGAAGGGCCAAGCACCUGCUGCUCCAGCCGCAGCCGCUAAAGGUAAACCACCACCAGCAGCAGCUCCUACACCGCCAGCUGCAGCCAAACCAGGAGCCAAACCAGCAGCAGGAGCUCCUCCAUCUAAAGCUGAAGCAGCACCGUCCACAACAGGACAGAAUCCUCUCAGUCGAGAAGCAGGCAACAAAGGGUCUAGAUCUAACUUAACUUCAGCUGAUGGAACACGACAACCACUGAAAUCACCUCGUAGUUGGUCAAGAGAUCGAGCUGAUUUAGAAUGGAAGUAUCGUGGUGAGCUCAAGAAGGAAGUCAAGCUGUUGAUUGAGUCUGCAUUGGUUCGAUUAGAUGGAUUACUGGGUGAUGCGAGUGAGGGGAUUCAUGGGUGGCCUAGCGUUCCGCAAUAG